AUGGCGUCUGAGUCAACAGGAAUAUAUUUUCUUUGCAUUUCUACAGUUUUCGCAGCAGGACAAUUGUAUUUGUUUAUUCUCUGUAUGCUGGGGGAGGUAAACGUAUAUGAUCCCCCGCCACAGCCACCUGCUCCUCCUUUAGCAACUACCCAACCCUCCCCAUCUACCUCUCCCUCCCCAUCUACCCCUCCAAUAAUAGACACCAUCCCUUCCUCACUUCCAUUCAUAACUUCUCCAUCUGCCUCCAAUAUUUCUCCUACUCCAGCUGCCUCCAAACCUACUCCUCCAGCUAAAACUCCUUCCAGUAAACGUAGAGCACCUCCACCUCCUUCCUUACCUCUCUCUUCUGAACCACCAGAACUAAUACAACCUGGAGAAACUGAACAAUCAGCGAUUGUAGUAGAACCUAGAGAAACUGAACCUUGCGAAGCUGUGGUACAACCGGGAGAACCUGAACCCUUAGAAGCUAAAUUACAACCGGGAGAACCUGAACCCUUAGAGGCUAAAUUACAACCUGGACAACUUAAACCCACAAAAGAUGCUCUACCACCCGGAGAAGCUGAACCCUCAGAAGCUGCUGUAACACCUAAAGAAGAAAGUCAAGUUUUAGAUUUAUCUGAGUGCCCGCUCUCCCCUCUACCACCUACUCCAUUUAAAUUUAAAUCUCAGCGUAUUCUGAAUUCAAUUCAGAAUGGGUUGAAUGGUAAAGAAUUAUGUGAAAAUAUGAAAAAGCAUAGAACCCUGGUAGCUCUUUUAGCAUGUACACUUCUUGCAGGAUUGUUAGUCGGGAUUGGAGUUUAUUUUUAUACUUUAAAAUCUUGGGAUCAGGAGUUUUUGAUAAUUAUAGGCGGAGAGGACGGGAUUAACAACACAUCAUCUGAUUUAAUAUCAGUAUUUGGACUUUGCAAUUCCAACAGUAUUCCGCCUCUACCGGAAGGAAGACGAGGUGGCGCUGCAGUCACACUUCCGGUUUCAGAAUUUUCCACGUGGAGUCGACAUGAUGGGCUUGAAGAGAUAGAGGACGAAAGUGUUGAAGCUCUCAUCUAUUGCGGAGGAAUAGACAAUCUUAACAGGGUUCGAGUUGAAUGUUGGGUACUUUUCCCUCACUCCAGAUCCUGGAUUCCAGAAAUUAGUUUACUGUGGGGAGUUGCAUUCCCAGCCUACGCUAGUGUUCAAGGAAAGUUUCUGAUCGCAGGAGGAGGUUCACCUUCAGCAGACAAUAGGCUUCAGAUAUUUUCUGGCGGAAAAUGGGAGAUUGGUUCCUCCCUCCCCUCCCCCUGGUUGGCCAGCUGUGGGGCUGGGCUCCUUGACUAUUUUCUUGUACUUGGCGGAACCAGGAACCAGCUAAAUAGGAUUAGUUACUCCACACCUAUCCAGUGGAAGAUUAUAUCUGAACCUGAAGAGAUUUCCGGUCAACUGACAGGAUCCUGUACUAGUAUACCAGGAUCCAGUGACCUUCUUGUGCUUGGAGAUAAGUCAUUUCACACUUUAACUUUUACAGCAGGUCGAGUGUUGGACAGAAAAAAAGCCCAUUUAUUAGAUAUUCAAUGGCAGCCCCAGAUGAGUUUCUUGAAUAAAGUCCUUAUUGUCUGGGAUGGACAGGGAGAAAUUUUGAAACUAGAAAAGGAGACUUGGGUAAAAAUUGGGAGAAUGGUUCGUGAACAGGGAGCUGGUGUUCGGGUUAACAAAGGAUGGGAGCAUCAUACUUUAACAUGUUUAUAGACCUUAUACCAACCCCCCCCCCUCCAUCUUUUCUUACUUUAACAUGUUUAUAGACCUUACACCAACCCCCUUCCCCUCCAUCUUUUCUUACUUUAAAAUGUGCAUAGCCCCCUUUAUACACAAUUGUAAUAAAAAUGUCGAAAAUGUA